AACAGAGGUUUUCGACUUUCUGACAUUCUCAACCGGCAGAUUACAAGAGGAGACUUCUCUUUGCAAAACGUGCUAAGUACUGAACACGGAAAUGCGCCGGAAGAAUGUAACCAGAAUAUAUCGGAAAAUGAUCCAGUUAACAAAGGCCUGGUCAACCUCCAUUUCGCUACCGAGCUGUUCGGUGGAUUCAUGAAGCACCUAAAUCCUUUCAUCAGCCAACUGGAUCCUUCCCUACAUACCUUCGGGUAUGUCAGGGAGGCAUCUUGUUUCCUCUUCACCGCUGUUCUGGCGGCAGCCGCAAAACUACUGCACCCUGCACUACAGAAGCCUUUACUCUCCCAUGCUGAAGAGCUUUUCUUGGAGAGCUUUCGUUGUGGUUUGAAGUCGCCAGAGACAGUACAGGCAAUACUCAUCCUGACAUAUUGGAAAGAGCCACGCGACAAUCGUGUAUGGCUGUCUGUAGGCCAUGCUAUCAGAAUGGCCAUCGAGCUUGGUUGGCAUAAUCUUGGGAGUGAUGCAAUGAAACCCCCAGAAAACGCGUCUGACCGCCAAGCGAUGCAAUUCAGGAACAUCGAGAGAACCUGGCUAGUCUUGUUCGUGUAUGACCGAAGCAUCAGCUUGCAGACCGGCAAACCUUGGAUGAUCGAGAGAAGCAGCUAUCUAGAGUCAGUAAGCAAUUGGCAUCUACACCCUCUCGAAGUGGCCAACGACAGGCUACUUUGCGCAUUCGUAUCCCUACGCCUCAUCACUUCCACCCAUUUUGAGAUGAUGACGACCCAAUAUGCACAACAUCAACGCCAGGACCCCUCGCAGUUCCGAUCACUGCUGCGCGUGCUCGAUCGAAAAAUAAUCAACUGGCAAAGGAGAUGGACGGAAACAGUAUCCGAGCGGGGCGAGGAUUGUCAUGCCUUUUUGGUACCGUUCUACGGCAGCUACGCACGGCUGCUCUUAUUCACUUCCUCACUGCGCGCAUCGAUUAGGCUGAAGGAUAUCGAGACGUCAAUUGAUACGGAAGCGAUUUGGAACAGCUACUCCAGCGCUGUCGAUAUGCUCAAACUUGUAUCUGAUCCCUCUUCAUCACAGCUCGUAUACUUUGCGCAAGACUCUGUACAUGUCAUGAUCGCUUACGCGACAGUUUUUCUCAUCAAGCUCUUGCUCUCAGCGCCGUCAUACAUCCGAAUCGAGAUGGAAAUGCCAGCUUUGGACGGUAUACGUAACACAGCGGAAGUCUUCGACAAGCUUCAAGCACCAGCAGGUACAAGCUGCGCCUUGCAAGCAGCAUUCUUGCACAAUGUUUUGAUUCAACACGAAGCAAUGAGAGAGCAGCGUUCAUCCUCGCGUUCGCAC